CAUCUUGAACAGGAGUCUGAGAUGCAGACUGUAGUGCACCAUAGUGGGGACGAGGGGUUUUCACGUUCGGAUGCUGCUCGUGUCUCUUACAUAUACGCGUGUAGGUAUCACAGACUCUAUAUCCAACUGGGGAUUGUAAAUGAAGAAUAUACAUCACAAAAUUAGGCACAGAUUUAUCACAAUGGAAAGACAGAUGACCCGCUGUAAGGUUGUUGUGGUUGGAGAUACUCAGUGUGGAAAAACUGCGUUGUUACAUGUAUUUGCAAAGGACUGCUAUCCAGAGAAUUAUGUUGCUACCGUGUUUGAGAACUACACUGCAAGUUUUGAAAUUGAAAAACAGAGGAUUGAGCUGAACAUGUGGGAUACGUCAGGUUCACCAUAUUAUGACAACGUCCGCCCACUGGCGUAUCCGGACUCGGAUGCUGUUCUAAUCUGUUUUGAUGUCAGCCGUCCAGAGACCCUUGACAGUGUACUUAAAAAGUGGCAGAGUGAGACCCAAGAGUUCUGUCCCAAUGCCAAGGUGGUUUUGGUCGGGUGCAAACUAGACAUGAGAACAGACUUGAGCACUCUGUUGGAGCUCUCCAAACAGAGGCUAAUCCCCGUCACGCACGAACAGGGAAGCAUGUUGGCGAGACAGAUUGGGGCGGUUGCUUACAUGGAAUGCUCCUCCAAAGUUUCUGAGAACAGUGUUCGGGAUGUCUUCCAUGUAACAACGCUGGCUUCAGUCAACAAGAUGCACAAACACUUGAAGCGCAGCAACUCUAAGCGAGGACUGAAGCGAGUGUCCCAAAUGCCCGGCCGAACAGAUUUGUUGGAAAAUACAGAAAUGAGGAAGGACCGUGCCAAAAGCUGCUCUAUAAUGUGAAGGAACAGGGAACUGUAAAUGAUCUGUAUUUAUUUUUUGUUUUACAGCCAAACUGGCAUCAAUGAAGAAAUGAAGAAAGGCCCAUUGGUGGAGCCUGUGUAUUUUUGUUUUUUUGCUUUGUAACCUGGGCUUUUCUUCAUCCACUAGGCCUCAAUAAAACUGUCUAGUCUUGUAUGUGAGUCAGUAGUGCAGUGGAGCAGGUCCAUUAACCACACUAAACCACACCUUAAAGUGGAGAUGACUUGAAUGACUGUUGCAAUGCUGGUUGCUUGUGAAAGUAACUUAUCAGAAGAACGUUUAUACAAGUGAGGAAUGUCUGUGAACUGGUGGAGCAAAGAAGAGAUGAUGUAACAUUUUUCUGUACCCUUUUGUUUUCCAAGAUGGUUUUUUGAAUAUAUGGCAUUUUAUUGUUUUUUGUUCUGGACAAACUACUGUUAAAAGUGGCAAACUCAAUGGAUAUGCCAUCACAGGUAGAACCAUGUUUUUGGAAAUGUAAUUAAGUUAAAAAAUCAUGAUUCUAAACCAUUUUUAAAAAUGACAUUUAUUUGACUCGUUGUCUCAUUCUUGCCAUAGUCUUCAUUAACAGCAGACACCAUUGAGGCUUGAGCAGUUUAAAUACAAUACAAAUGAAAAUCGUGAUGGUUUGCAUUCCUUGACCAGGAAUUGGCAAGUCUCACCUUCCAGACCAGGUCUUUGUUUGAAUAAUGUUCUUAAUUGUUUCAUGGAACGAAUUAGACCUUUCUGGUCCUAAAGCAAAUACCUACUUAAUUUUAGCUGUUAAACGUAAGUCUGAAUGAAGUCAUAGCUUAUGGCCCUGCCAGAGCUAUACUUUAUUAUGGCUGUGGCACUGUCAUAGUGUUGAUCCCAUCCAGGCCUUUCCCUGCCAUACACCCUAAUGAUUGUCAAUCAUAUCACAAAAUAACACUGUUACCAACAAAGUUCAUGUACUGUACAGAUUCAGGCUUUCUUAUUGCAGACGAAAAAAGAAAAAGGGGUUAAUUUUAAAAAUAUAUUUUUAUCAUGAUUAGUAAAGGUUAAUGGUAUCUAAACACCAACUUGUGUGCUUGUUGCCAAAAGAAAUAAAAAUCUACCAAGCAUAAAAUCAGGUUAAAUCAUAUCGCCUGAUGUAUAAAACAACAGUUUUACCAAUUUGAGAAAAUUAUCUUCCUGUCAUGAGUAUCCUUAUUAUAUUGGACAUAAGCCUGCACUAUAUAGCCUGUUUUAAAGGAUGCAACAUAUCAAAGGAUUGCAAAAUAUACAAAGAGCAGUUUAAAAUCUCAGUGUUCCAGCAGUACUUACAGUAUGUAGUUAGUUUUCUUUUACAUGAAAUUUAUUUAAUUUAGGCCUACAACAGCAUUGCUACUUUAUCGAACCUUAGUUGUUGUUAUGAACCCUGGAAUACGACUGAUGGGUGACUUGUGACCAGCCCUUGGUAUCCUAUUACUUAUUUAAUCUGUCAUUGCCUUUAGUGUAUAACCGGGAUGCCUUUCUGUAAACAAACUGCUUAACUUUGAUUUUUCGCCAUACUAUGCAUAGAGGUUUAUUUUCUGUAUCAAAUGUUCCAGAUUGUUAAAUUUACUGUGCUAAAUAAAUUAUCUGAAUGAAAUGUAUUGAAAAA